CUCUUCUUCACAGCACUACCUAUAAUCGGCCAAACCCUCUUCCUACAUAAACCAGCGCAUCCCACCCCCACCUCAACAAAUCUUCCUUUUUGUUUCUCUCCUCGGGUUGACCUCGCCCGCCCGCCUCUUGCCGGCUCCUCUUCACGAGGAUACGCGCCCCCUCAUUAUCAGUCACAUCAUCGUCGAGUUUGUCCAAUAUGGCUUCUCGUGCUGCUGCUUCAACUCGGAAGGCUUAUGCCUCUGACUUUGAGCGGAGGGUGGACGAGGUCAAUGUUUCCAAAAGUCACCUGAACCAUCUGGUCAUGAACUAUCUCAUCAACGAAGGAUAUCAGAAGGCUGCCAUGAACUUCGCCAAAGAGGCUGGCAUUCAGCCUCAUGCUGACAUGCCGGCUAUGGACGAGAGGAUAAACAUUCGGAACGACAUCCACUGUGGCAACAUACAGUUGGCGAUAGAGCGGAUCAACUGUUUGCAUCCUGAGAUACUGGAUACAGACCCUUCGCUCCACUUUUCCCUCCUCCGCUUGCAGCUCAUUGAGUUGAUCCGCAAGUGCACCUCCACACCCGAUGGCGACAUCACCCCUGCCCUUGAAUUCGCAACCACCCAUCUUGCACCCAGGGCUCCCGGAAAUGCUUCGUUUUUGGAGGACCUCGAGCGGACGAUGGCUCUGCUAUGUUUUCCCAAGGAUAACCUUGCUCCUCCGUUGGCCGAGCUGAUGGAUCCGGCUCUGAGACGUCGCGUAGCUGCACAAGUCAAUGAGACCAUCAUGGAGGCUCAAGGGAUGGCGAAGGAACCCAAGAUUCGUAGCCUCAUCAAGCUACGGGCGUGGAGUGAAGACCGCGCGAGGGCCACCAGGAAAGGCUCGGAACUUCCACCCCUUGAUUUGGGAUUGGACAUUGGAACUGUUGAUCAGCCUAUGACUUCAUAAUCUUCUUUUCGCCUCUUUUUGCACCCGCACUCAUUACAUGGCGUGUUUGAGUCUCUUUCACGAUACAGCGCUGCGUUGGCGUUUGCUCUUAUGUUGGCUUCCUUGCUUGGUGUUCUGUAUAUAAUCUGGGCUUUCGAAUUACUGGCUAGCUGGCGUUGAAGCUAUCUUCUAUGGCUGCAGAGGAUCUCUACACGAAACUCUGGGCCAUAAAAUAUGGGUACUUUUUUGUUACUCUUGAAUACACGCCUUUACAAUGAAUUUAAAAUUCACUUUUUGCACAUCACGAGGCCGAGUG